AAAAGCCGAUGCUGCUUCUGAGCCAACUCUCAUCACAACACUGAGAAGUAGAAAUUCAAAGAAAAAUGGAUGAUCACGAAAGCCCUCUUUUGUCUAAGGAGUCACCACCAUCAUCAUCAUCAUCAGUGUUGGUUUCAUCUUUGAAAUGGAUAUUGAAAGUUGUAAUGUCUGUGAUUUUUGUGACUUGGGUUGUGUUCCUUAUGAUGUACCCUGGAUCAUUCGGUGAUCAAGUCCUCACAAACUGGAGAGAAAUCUCCUCCAACACUCUCUUUGGCAUCACAGGAAGCAUGUUCUUAAUUUUCAGUGGUCCGAUUCUUGUCAUCGCCAUCUUAGCUUCUCUCUAUCUGAUCAUCUCAGGGGAAGAGAGGGUUUUCACUAAGAAGAAGAUAUCGAAAUUCCCGAGGUUUAGGCUAUGGACAUUUCCUGUUCUUGUGGAUGGACCAUUUGGGGUUGUUUCUGCAGCUGAGUUUCUUGGAAUUAUGGUCUUCUCUGUUUUCUUCCUUUGGGCUAUCUAUGCUUAUACCUUGAGGAAUCUCAACGUUCUUGAAUACUUCCACGUGCUCCCCAAGAACAGAAGUAUUUUUCUGUUGGAGUUAACGGGUCUGCGUUUUGGGAUGAUUGGAUUGUUGUGUAUGGUGUUUUUGUUUCUUCCUAUCUCGAGAGGCUCCCUUCUUCUCCGCCUUAUCGAUAUCCCUUUCGAGCAUGCUACAAGAUAUCAUGUUUGGCUUGGUCAUAUCACCAUGGCUUUCUUCUCUUUACAUGGCCUCUGUUAUGUUGUUGGAUGGACUAUUCAAGGUCAACUUUUAGAGCUUUUAUUUGAAUGGAAAGCUACUGGAAUCGCUGUUUUACCCGGAGUUAUCAGUCUAGUGGCUGGUUUACUCAUGUGGGUCACGUCGCUUCACACCGUGAGAAAGCUUUACUUUGAGCUUUUCUUCUACACACAUCAACUAUACAUCGUCUUUGUCGUCUUCUUGGCACUUCAUGUUGGUGACUACUUGUUUAGUAUAGUUGCUGGAGGAAUAUUCCUUUUCAUUCUCGACCGCUUCUUGAGGUUCUGCCAAUCCAGAAGGACUGUAGAUGUAAUCUCUGCAAAGAGUUUACCCUGUGGAACUCUGGAACUAGUCCUUUCAAAACCACCAAAUAUGCGAUACAAUGCUCUUAGCUUUAUCUUUCUUCAAGUGAGGGAACUAUCAUGGCUACAAUGGCAUCCUUUCAGUGUUUCAUCAAGUCCUCUAGAUGGGAACCAUCAUGUUGCCGUUCUCAUAAAAGUUCUUGGUGGAUGGACUGCAAAGCUUAGAGACCAGUUGUCAAAUCUAUAUGAGGCAGAGAAUCAAGACCAGCUUGUUUCUCCUGAGUCACAUCCCAAAAUCACAACUUGUGUGGAGGGACCUUAUGGCCAUGAAUCUCCAUACCACUUAGCGUAUGAGAACCUGGUAUUGGUAGCAGGAGGAAUCGGGAUUACGCCUUUUUUCGCCAUCUUAAGCGAUAUCCUACACCGUAAAAGAGAUGGGAAAGCUUGUUUACCUAGUAAGGUUUUAGUUGUAUGGGCCAUUAAAAACUCAGAUGAGCUCUCUCUUCUCUCAGCCAUUGACAUACCUUCCAUUUGCCCUUUCUUCUCUAAGAAAAUAAACCUUGAGAUUCACAUAUAUGUCACUCGACAAUCCGAGCCUCGCUUGGAAGAUGGGAUGGUUCAGAAGGUGGUGCAUCCUUCUGUCAAACCACCACGGACCAACGGGUGUUCCAUGUCAGUACUGGUUGGUACAGGGGAUAACAUAUGGUCUGGACUCUAUCUAAUUGUCUCCACCAUUGGAUUUAUUGCAAUGAUCACAUUGUUGGACAUCUUUUACAUAAACAAAUACAACAUAACGACGUGGUGGUACAAAGGACUUCUAUUUGUUGUUUGUAUGGUUGCAAGUGUGUUGAUUUUUGGAGGCCUUGUGGUUGUUUUCUGGCAUCGUUGGGGUCACAAAACCGGUAAAGUGGAAGCAAAUGGCAAUGACAAGGUAGAUUUGAAUGGAGAAGAAACCCAUAAUGCAUCUGUAGCAGAGCUCAAGGGCUUGGACAUAGAAGAAGAUGUCCAGAGUAACACCACUAUCCGUUAUGGCACCAGACCGGCCUUUAGAGAGAUAUUUGAGUCAUUGAAUGGGAAAUGGGGAAGUGUGGAUGUUGGAGUAAUAGUAUGCGGUCCAGGGACUCUUCAAACGACCGUAGCCAAAGAGAUACGGUCACAUAGCAUCUGGCGAUCUGCGAAUCAUCCUCUUUUCCACUUCAACAGCCACAUUGUAAUGUCUAUGAUUUUUGUGACUUGGGUUGUUUUUCUUAUGAUAUUGUACCCUGAACAACUCGGCGAUGAUUUCCUCACAUUAGUCGCCUCCAAAACGUUCCUCGGCACCACAGGAAGCAUGUUCUUAAUUUUCAGUGGUCCGAUUCUUGUCAUCGCUGUCUUAGCUUCUCUCUAUCUCAUUAUUUCCGGAGAAGACAAGGUCUUCACUAAAAACAAGAUAUCGAAAUUCCCGAGGUUUAGGCUAUGGACAUUUCCUGUUCUUGUGGAUGGACCAUUUGGAGUUGUUUCUGCAGCUGAGUUUCUUGGGAUUAUGGUCUUCUCUGUUUUCUUCCUUUGGGCUAUAUAUGCUUAUACCUUGAGGAAUCUUGAUCUUCUUGAACGCUUCCACGUCCUUCCCAAGAAUCGAAGUAUUCUGCUGUUGGAGGUAACUGGUCUUCGUUUAGGAGUGAUUGGAUUGUUGUGUAUGGUUUUUUUGUUUCUUCCAAUCUCGAGAGGCUCCAUUCUUCUCCGCCUUAUCGAUAUCCCUUUCGAACAUGCUACACGGUAUCAUGUUUGGCUUGGUCAUAUCACUAUGGCUUUCUUCUCUUUACAUGGCCUCUGUUAUGUUGUUGGAUGGACCAUUCAAGGUCGACUUUUAGAGCUUGUAUUUUCAUGGAAUGCUAUUGGAGUUGCUGUUUUACCCGGAGUUAUCAGUCUAGUGGCUGGUUUACUCAUGUGGGUCACGUCGCUUCACACCGUGAGAAAGAAUAACUUUGAACUCUUCUUCUACACCCAUCAACUAUACAUCGUCUUUGUCGUCUUCUUGGCACUUCACGUUGGUGACUACUUGUUCAGUAUAGUUGCUGGAGGAAUAUUCCUUUUCAUUCUCGACCGCUUCUUGAGGUUCUGCCAAUCCAGAAGGACUGUAGAUGUAAUCUCUGCAAAGAGUUUACCUUGUGGCACUCUGGAACUAGUCCUUUCAAAACCACCAAAUAUGCGAUACAAUGCGCUUAGCUUUAUCUUUCUUCAAGUGAGGGAACUAUCUUGGCUACAAUGGCAUCCUUUCAGUGUUUCAUCAAGUCCUCUAGAUGGGAACCAUCAUGUUGCGGUUCUCAUAAAAGUUCUUGGUGGAUGGACUGCAAAGCUUAGAGACCAGUUGUCAAAUCUAUAUGAGGCAGAGAAUCAAGACCAGCUUGUUUCUCCUCAGUCAUAUCCCAAAAUUACAACUUGUGUGGAGGGACCUUAUGGCCAUGAAUCUCCAUACCACUUAGCGUAUGAGAACCUGGUCUUAGUAGCAGGAGGAAUCGGGAUUACGCCUUUUUUCGCCAUCUUAAGUGAUAUCCUACAUCGUAAAAGAGAUGGGAAAGCUUGUUUACCUAGUAAGGUUUUACUUGUAUGGGCCAUUAAAAACUCAGACGAGCUCUCUCUUCUCUCAGCAAUUGACAUACCUUCCAUUUGCCCUUUCUUCUCUAAGAAACUAAACCUUGAGAUUCACAUAUAUGUCACUCGACAAUCCGAGCCUCGCUUGGAAGAUGGGAUGGUUCACAAGGUGGUGCAUCCUUCUCUCAAACCAACACGGACCAACGGGUGUUCGAUGUCUGUUUUAGUUGGUACAGGGGAUAACAUAUGGUCUGGACUCUAUCUAAUUGUCUCCACCAUUGGGUUUAUUGCAAUGAUCACAUUGUUGGACAUCUUUUACAUAAAAAAAUACAACAUUACGACGUGGUGGUACAAGGGACUUCUAUUUGUUGUUUGUAUGGUUUCAAGUGUGUUGAUUUUUGGAGGCCUUGUGGUUGUUUUCUGGCAUCUCUGGGGUCACAAAACAGGCAAAGUGGAAGCAAAUGGCAAUGACAAGGUGGAUUUGAAUGGAGAAGAAACCUAUAAUUCAUCUGCAGCAGAGCUCAAGGGGUUGGCAACAGAAGAAGAUGUCCAGAGUUACACCACUAUUCGUUAUGGCACCAGACCGAACUUUAGAGAGAUAUUUGAGUCGUUGAAUGGGAAAUGGGGAAGUGUGGAUGUUGGAGUAAUAGUGUGUGGUCCAGCGACUCUUCAGACGACCGUAGCCAAAGAGAUACGGUCACAUAGCAUCUGGCGGUCUGCGAAUCAUCCUCUUUUCCACUUCAACAGCCACAGUUUCGAUCUCUAACGAUGCUUUCAAGGCCAAGGAACAUUAUGGAAAAUUCGACAAAAAAAUUGAUGCAUAUAUUUUAGGUAAUCGUAGUCUUUAUGAAUUAUGGAAACAGCCUAUGGUUGAUAUGUGUAUGUUUUAUCUUUCUGUUUUCAUGCAUAAGUAGUAAUCAAAAUGUAUGAGCAUCUUCUAUGGUUUCUAGUUCUACACUUGGUAUUUGUUUGUACUUUGGACAUUUAAUACUAAUUAAAUGCAAGCUGAUAA